GCUGGUGGCGUGGACACAGCCCAAGCAGACUGCGCCGCUACUUCCUCUUGCCUCGUCGUGUUUCGUUGCCGAAAAUCUGGCUUUGGCACCGUUUAUUUUAAAUGGCAUUGCACAUUCGCAGCAAAGAAAGUCGCUGCUAGCCUCCUAAAAGGGCAGUAUUUGUAGCUCGAAGGUGGGCGGUCGCCUUGGUAUCGUAAGAUUACUUGGUGCAGACGACUAAGCUUAUCGUGCGUUACGGUAUACUUUUGGUUCUGUACAGGUGAUUACACUUGCGCAAACGAGAAAUUGGUCGCACCACUGUUUCCGUAUACUAUGAUAUGCCUUAGUGAUAAUUGAUUUCACUACGUGUAUGAAUUGGUGCACCGUCGACUGUUGUAGGUUCGCAGCAGUUACUAUGAAACACGCUUAAAUGAUGCAUAUUCUGCUACUGCCAGCCUGUGUGGCUAUUGGCACAGGAUGGUUAUAUCUCCUCACUACGCUACUUCCGAGCGUCGGCCACGAUGAUGAUGCGAGUCGCCUGAAGUUUCCUAGCAGUCAUCAAGAAUUGAAGGAAUUAGCGGAGCUACUGAGUUCCUACAAAGAGCAACACGCAGCUUAUGUGUUGGUGCUGUUUUCAUCGGCAUACUUGUACAAGCAAACGUUUGCCAUUCCGGGAUCCGUUUUUCUGAAUGUUCUGGCUGGUGCACUGUUCGGCAUCUGGAAAAGUUUUUUGUUGACUUGCCUGCUUUCUGGAAUAGGCGCAUCACAGUGCUAUUUGCUCUCCAAAUACUGUGGCCAAAAGUACGUUGCGAGUUACUUUCCUGAUAAAGUAAAGCUUUUCCAAGACAAGGUCAAGGAAAACAGAGAUCGCCUCCUGUAUUGGCUUCUCUUUUUGCGUUUAUUCCCGAUGACACCAAACUGGUUUCUCAACAUUGCGUCUCCAGUUGUUGGUGUUCCACUGCACCUGUUCUUCAUAUCAGUUUUCAUUGGCUUGAUGCCUUACAACUUUAUAUGUGUGCAGACAGGCUGCAUACUCUCAGAGUUGAAGUCUAUGAAUGACAUACUCACAUGGACUACAAUGGCCAAGAUGGCAGCCAUUGCAGGCGUUGCACUUUUACCAAGCCUUCUGAUGAAAAGAGGUGUCAAGAAAGAGUGAGAUAUCAACUGACAAAUGAUUAGACUUAACUUUGUUCAUUCCUAAUUCACUUUCCUCAAGUUGAUGUUAUGUACAAAUAUGUCAUUAAAAUACAUGUGAAUUUUU